UUUUUAUUCUUCAAUUUUUACAUUCAACGUAAAGCCACUUUGCGAAUUCACUCUUCUUUGUUCAUCUUAGUUUUAACUUUUUUUUACUUUUAUUAUUGAAAUGGUGGUUCACAACGAUUGCUUGCAAGAUGUUCCGGAUAUUUUCGAAACGGAGAUUGGCGAAUCUCUGGCCACGCGCACAGAUGGACUGGGCAUGAUACGAGAGCUUGGGCCGCCGGAUCUCUGCCACAUCGUUAAGACGCACAGCUCCAACAAGAACGAACCCGAGAUCGGGUCCUACCACCACGUGCUCGGGGCCGACACAUCAUCCUCGGCGUCGCUCGCAGCGUACAUCAACUCCCUGCAGUACUCGCUCAGCGACACGCCCGGGUGGUUCGGCACGUCCAACAGCUGGAAGAUCAGCUCCGGCACCUACUGCUCGUACAACGCCUUCUCGAACGUCGACCUGCGCGUGCAGAUAAAGAUCCCCGGCGGCGUCGACGCCUACAUUGUAACCGUCCAAGGCGAGCGCAAGGAAGUAAGCGAGGACUUUUGGCGCGAAUGCCACAUCAGCUCUUUCCUCCGCGCCAUCCUCCACUCCGACCCACAAGCGUACAGCGCCACGGGACUGCGGCGCGUCACGCCGGUGCGCAGCCCAGACGAGGAGGCGCGGCUGGCAGACACGCUGCUGCGCCAGUUCUCGGCUGGCUGGGCGCUGGGGUCGAACGCCGAAACCCAGGCCAUCUCCACCGCCUGCAACCAUCUGACCGACGGGCUGCGCCGGUACUUUGGCGGCGCAGGCCGCUUUGCCGACUACGCCGCCGACCUUUUGGCGCCGCUGACAUAUGCCAGCCACAAGGGCGUGGACCCGGAGAUCGCCGCGCUGCUUGCGGACGCAUACAUCCACUGCGACGAGGAGGUCCAGGCGGUGCGCGUCAUGCACCAGGCACUCAAGGCCAAGCCGUCCUGCGCCCCGCUGCUGCUCGUCCAGGCCGAGUUCCUGCGCCGCAAGCACCAGCCCGUUCAGGCGCUGGCGCUCGCCCGCAUGGCCGUCAAGUACGCGCCGUCGGAGUUCCACGCUUGGGCGAAGCUUGCCCACAUCUACACCGACUCUGGCGACUUCCACCGCGCCCUACUGACGCUCAACGCCUGCCCCAUGUACACCUACGUCGGCCGCGACCUCCCUCGUGUGCCAGCGCCGCGCCGCAUCAACUACCCGUUGAAAUCCGACAUUCUCGCCGACUACAACCUGGGCGAGCCCUACGGCGCCGCUGGCGGGAACAAUGCCAUACGCGCAAGCGUUGAUUCCGAUGCUCCGGGGCGAGUCGAGGAGAUGGCGCAGAACGAAACCAGCGAUAUCUUGAGGCUCUCCGCGCCCACGCUUAAUGGCACGUUUGCCGCUGCGUAUCGCCUUUUGGCCGAUAUCUUUGGGGAAGUUGGCUGGGAUGAACUGCUGAUGCUGAGAAGCCAGGUGUUUGUCAUGGAGGAGGAGUAUAGGAACUCGGCCGUGCCUGGCGCCGCUGUGGACGAUGAGGAGGAUGGCGAGGGCGAGGGCGAGGGCGGGGGUGUGGACGAGGGCCAGGACCGGGACGAGGACGAGGUGCCGCUGGCUACCCUGCAUCAGCGCGCUGAGAUUGAGGGCAGGACGGAGACCAGUGCCAAGGUCAGCGCUGAGAAAACACCUGCCACUGCUCCUGAUGCCGGGCCUGAGCCCGAGGCACCGGCUGCCGCUGAGCAUGAAGUUCCCGCUGCUGCUGCUGCUGAUGCCGCUGCUGCUACUGCUACUGAGCCUGAGGCACCGGCUGCCGCUGGGCAUGGAAUCCCCGCUGUCGCUGAGCCAGAGACUGCCGCUGCCUCCGCCGAGCAGACGCAGCAGGCUGCGCAGCCAAAGGGCAAGAAGAAGAACAAGAAGAACAAGGGCAAAAAGGCCCAGAGCCCCGUCGAGGGAGAAAAGAGCCAGCAGCAGCAGCAGCCGGAGGACGAGACCAAGCAGCCGGAAGAGCCUGCCGCUCGCGCCGCCGACUCGGCCAUUGCCACUCUAGGAGACAAGAUGGACGACGUGUCACUCUCUGAUAACGAAGCCCCUACUGAUUCCAAGGCCACUGCCUCCACUGAGCCCGAAGCCGAGGCCCAGCCUGAGGCCCAGCCUGCUGUUGCCGCGGCACCAGAGCCCGAUACCACCGCGCAGGUCGCCGCUCCGCGCAUCGCCGUUCUCGAGCCCACCGAUGCUCCGGCAGCAGCCUCCAGCAGCACAUCCAACGCACAAUCGCUCACCGCUGAUGCCCCCCGCCCGGGCAUCCCACAGGUGCGCAAGCGGCUGUGCGAGCGGUGGCUGGAUAACCUGAUCAUGAUGCUCUUCGAGGAUCUCCGCGCCUACACUUCCUGGCGCUCCCGCCUGCAUAACCUACGUACAACCGGCCAGCAAGUAACGUAUAUCUUCACGCAGGCUGAGUGGGAAUCCCUUGGAGAACUUUCUCUCCGCCUUCACCGCCCGUCUGACGCCAAGGAGGCAUUUGAAUACGCCCUGGCGAUUAGGUUUUCGGCCAAGGCGUGGAUGCGCUUGCUGGAAAUCUACACUGGCAAGUUUGCUGAGAUGCAGAAGAAGGAGGUGGCAAGGUAUGGAGUACCGGUGCCGAUGUCGGUGAAUUCGAGCGAGGCGCUGCUGUUGGCUUUGGAUGCAGUGGUUUGGCUGUCGGUGUAUAAUGAUAGGUGGUAUAACAAUAUGGUUUACCCGAACCCUGUCUGCGAACAUGUCGUGAGCCUCGUUAGGAUACAUGGCUUGAGUAAGGUGCGUAACUCUUUGGUCAGUAUGAACCUUAAGCCCGCAGUGUAUAACCUUGUUAAGGGAUACUUCGAAUUUGCCGAAAAGUUUAACGUCAUUGGAGCACAAUGGUAAUAAAAAAAUUAUAUAAUUUCAAAGUUUUAAUUUUUUAUAUCUUUUUUCAAUUCAUUAAUAUUUUUAUUUUUA